CUAAAAAGAAACCAAAAAAUGGUGGGAAGAAACUAUACGGCGAAAGAUGAAUAAAAAAGUUGGAAAGGCAAAGAAAACAGGACAAGAAGAGAGUGAACCUGAAAAUCAUCGAACAUCUUCAACCUCAACCUCAACUCGACGAUAAGAGAAAUCUCAAUCCCAUACCACAAACACCCACACCCACCCACCACUUCACUUUCUCACUCCAAAUACACCCCCCACUUUCUCACUCUCACCACACAAUUACUCUCCGAUAAUGGCCUCCACCGCUGCAUCACCGGCCUUCUGCGCCAUCCCCAAGGCCUCCACCGCCGCCCGGGCCUCUCUCAACCCCCCCACCACCCGCUUCCUCGCCAAGACCCCUCUCCGCCGCCUGGCCUUCGCCGCCGCCGACCCACUCCUCGCCCACCACGUCGCCACCAAGCUGCGAUCAUUCUCCGCCAAGCCCGUCAGAGGUGUCGCCACCAUGGCCAAGAGGAGCGUUGGCGACCUGUCCGCCGCCGAGCUCAAGGGCAAGAAGGUCUUUGUCAGGGCUGACCUCAAUGUGCCUCUCGACGACAAUCAGAACAUCACUGAUGAUACUAGGAUUAGGGCUGCCAUUCCCACAAUUAAGCAUCUCAUUAACAAUGGCGCUAAAGUCAUUCUUUCUACUCACUUGGGUCGGCCGAAGGGUGUCACUCCAAAAUUCAGUCUUGCACCUCUCGUUCCCAGGCUAUCUGAACUGCUCGGUAUUCAGGUUGUGAAGGCUGAUGACUGCAUUGGUCCAGAGGUCGAGAAACUGGUUUCCGGUUUAGCUGAUGGUAGCGUCCUUUUGCUUGAGAAUGUGAGGUUCUACAAAGAGGAAGAGAAAAAUGAACCUGAGUUUGCAAAGAAGCUUGCCUCAUUGGCCGAUCUUUAUGUGAACGAUGCAUUCGGUACUGCCCACAGAGCACAUGCCUCUACUGAGGGAGUUACGAAGUUCCUGAAACCAUCAGUUGCUGGUUUCCUUUUACAAAAGGAGCUGGACUAUCUCGAUGGAGCAGUUAAAAACCCAAAGAGACCAUUUGCAGCCAUUGUUGGUGGUUCCAAGGUCUCCUCCAAGAUUGGAGUGAUUGAAUCUCUUCUAGAGAAGUGUGAUAUAUUGCUAUUGGGCGGAGGAAUGAUCUUUACAUUUUACAAAGCACAAGGACUCUCGGUUGGGUCGUCCCUGGUAGAAGAAGACAAACUUGACUUAGCAACAACACUUCUUGCGAAGGCUAAGGCGAAGGGAGUGGAUCUCUUGCUACCAACCGAUGUUGUUAUAGCCGACAAGUUUGCCCCAGAUGCAAACAGCAAGAUUGUGCCAGCGUCGGCGAUCCCUGAUGGCUGGAUGGGACUAGAUAUUGGACCGGAUUCUGUCAAGACUUUCAAUGCUGCCUUGGACACCACACAAACUAUUAUUUGGAAUGGACCGAUGGGAGUGUUUGAGUUCGACAAGUUUGCUAGUGGCACAGAGGCAGUUGCAAAGAAGCUAGCUGAACUUAGUGGGAAAGGAGUUACGACGAUUAUUGGUGGUGGAGAUUCAGUUGCAGCUGUGGAAAAAGUGGGAGUUGCAGGUGUGAUGAGCCACAUAUCGACUGGUGGUGGUGCGAGUUUGGAGCUUCUAGAAGGCAAGGCGCUUCCGGGCGUGCUUGCCUUGGAUGAAGCCACACCAGUUGCUGUGUAAGCUUAUAGAACAGCAGCAGCAUUCUUCUAGAUUCUUUUUAAACCUUUGUAAAACGAGAAGUGUAAUAGAAUGCGAGUUGGUGCUAUAGAUGUUUCUCUUUAUCUCUGAACCAACAACCCUCUUCUUGCCAUGUUCAGAUCACAAUAAGGAAUCAGGAAUCAAUCUGUUUCGGAAUA